CGCGCGGCGCGAGCCAAGCCUCACUCAGCUCAAACGCGAGCACAUUGUCGCGUCUUCGUGUGGGCUUGAAUCAACCAGCUAAAUCUGCUCCUCGCUGGCGUGUUUCUGUCAUUUCCACCUCGGACACUGCCAUGAAUAAAGGAACCGUGGUUUUGGCCUACAGCGGCGGACUGGACACCUCAUGCAUUCUGACCUGGCUGAAGAACGAUGGCUAUGAUGUCGUCGCCUUCAUGGCCAAUGUGGGACAACAUGAAGAUUUUGAAGCCGCUCGGGAAAAGGCCGUUAAACUUGGAGCCAAAGAGGUCUACAUUGAGGACCUGCGUCAUGAAUUUGUGGAGGACUUCAUCUGGCCAUCACUUCAAGCCAACGCCGUCUACGAGGACCGAUACCUCAUGGGCACAUCGAUCGCUCGCCCAUGUAUCGGCAGAAAACUGGUGGAGAUUGCCAGAAAGGAAGGAGCGGAGUAUGUGGCACAUGGUGCUACUGGAAAGGGUAACGACCAGGUGCGUUUUGAGCUGACAUGCUACGCUCUUUAUCCCGAGGUUAAGAUCCUUGCUCCAUGGAGGAUGCCAGAGUUUUACAACCGCUUUCGGGGAAGAUCCGACCUCCUUGCGUAUGCUGAGCAAAAUGGCAUCCCAAUAUCCAUCAGUCCUCGUGCACCAUGGAGCAUAGAUGCUAACAUUAUGCACAUAAGCUACGAGUCAGGCAUCCUGGAGAAUCCCAAGAGCCACGCUCCAGUUGACCUUUAUUUGAUGACCAGAGACCCAAAAGAUGCACCCUCUAUGCCUGAUGUCCUGGAGAUUGAGUUCAAAAACGGGGUCCCCAUCAAGGUGGUCAAUCAGAAGGAAAAUGUGUCAAAGGAAACGCCACUGGAUAUUCUGCUUUAUCUCAAUGAAAUCGGAGGGAAGCAUGGAGUCGGUCGCAUCGACAUUGUGGAGAAUCGAUUCAUCGGAAUGAAAUCCCGAGGAAUAUACGAAACCCCGGGGGGCACCAUCCUCCUUCAGGCACAUUUAGACAUUGAGACCUUCACCAUGGACAAAGAGGUCAGACGCAUCAAGCAAGGACUCGGAAUUAAAUUCUCCGAACUCGUCUACAACGGAUUCUGGUACAGUCCAGAGUGUAUCUUCGUGAGACACUGCAUCUCCAAAUCCCAGGAGGACGUGGAGGGUAAAGUCCAGCUGUCCGUCUUCAAGGGUCAGGUCUAUAUUCUGGGCCGAGAGUCGGUCAAGUCCCUGUACAAUGCGGAGCUGGUCAGCAUGGAUGUCCAGGGAGACUACGACCCAGGUGAUGCCUCUGGAUUCAUCCGAGUCCACGCAGUCAGGCUGCGGGAGCAUCAUCGUCUGCAGGGUUUGUCCAGCAGCAAGCAGUAGCUUCUGUCCAUCAUCCUCCAUGGCUUUUACUUCUGCUGGAGGAGCCACUGUAGGAGCGUCCUGUUACACCAGGCUGUUCAGACAGAUCUGUGACAAAGAGUCAUGCAACAUCUUUUGUUCAUGCAUCUAAACCCCUAACUCUAAAUAAAGAGCCAUGUCUUA